CUUCCUUCCACCGUCUCCUAAUAGCCAGUACUAGCACUCCCUCCCAAUCCCAAUCCAAUCCCAUCGAACUCCGGCAGACAUGGGCGGCGCAGCAUCCAAGGCCACUCGCUCCCUACCCAAGACGACUUCGUCCGCCGGCAGCAGCAGCAGCAGCGCUACCGGUACCGCCUCUGCCUCUCUCGCUCGCGCAGCUACCGGUGCCUCCCGCCCCGCUCAAGCAAGCGCCGGCACCAGCACUUCAGGUCCAACUCCCUCUGCCGACUCGAGAUCUCAGACUUCCCCGCUCGAUGUGGCUGGGCAAUUGGGCCAGACGGGUAGAGAUGCGGGUCCUUUGAGGAAUACGGGGAGAGGGGGGGAUCCUAGACAGGUGGGACCGGUUGUGGAGAGGAAUGAGCCGGGCAGGGAGGAGAAGGAUGAUGUGAUCCGCCGCGACGCCUUCGAUCCAGACUUCAUCUCUCAGCUCCACACCCUCGGACCCGUCAGCGUGGAUCGUCCACCCUGGUCAGGUCCCUCUGCCUCGGAAUCUCGUGCAGCCUCGACUCGUGAACAACCGCAGAAUAUCACUGGUGGUCCUGCAGGAACGUCGGCGACUGGCAAGACGACGAGGGGUCAAUCUCAGAUGUUGCGUAUAUUGCAAGCAAGGCAGGAGAGGGAGGAUUCGCUUGCGUUGGAGCACGAGAGGAGCAUGGAGGCCAGCGGCAGCCGCACUGGAAGCUCAGCUUCUGGUGCUUCUCCUUCGACCCGCACACUAGACGCACCUACCCUCAGUAUGCUCCUCGAUGAGCUCAAGUCCGCCCGCAGCCCAAGCGAUGUGCAAACCCUCUGCCAUUCGUACGAUUUUGAUGCUCAAACCCUCGCAAUGCUCACUAGGCGGUUUAACUCGCCGUCGAUUGGUGGAAAGGUGGAGUCGGAAGAGGAGGAGAGAAAGUGGAGUGAAGAGAGGGACGCAGAUAGGCCACCGAGGAUGUAUGCUGUUUGGAGGGAGGGCAAGAUUGGGCUGGAGAGGGCAGCUGCGGGGAAAAGUACAUGAAAGUAGAGAUAGGGAGAGUUGAUAAGAUUUCUUUUUGCGAGAGGGAAAGCUAUGAACACAUAAGGGUGAUGCCUUUGUAGUCUACAGUGUAUCCACGCAUUGCCUACUUCUACCGCAACCCAAAAGCAACAUCAAAUCCGCUCGAGUCACCAACGCCAUUCGCCUCGCCUCCAGCAUCCUCGCCCCUCCGCAUCAGCCAACCAAAGAGCACGCCAACCUUCUCCCUUGCAAUCUCCUCCGAGGGGUAUCGCGGGAGGAAGAGAGUCUCUGUACAUGUAGAGGCAAAAGGCAGUGGCCAACUGGCGGCAGCAGCAGCAGGAGACACACCGUCGUGCUUGCUUGCUCCUGCUUGCACGUGGC